GACACACACACACACACACACACACAUACAUGCAAUUAAAUGAAACCAAGAAGAAGCAGCUUAGACAGACAGGAAGUAUAUCAGCAGCAUUAUGGACUAAAAAAAGACGCCUCACUGAAUUAAAGACGAAGACAAGAAAGCCACUGGUGUGCGAGAACAGCUGCAUGUGAAACGGGCGGGUCACUUGAUCUCCCUCUGGCUUGUCCGGGAUAAUCUUGUCUCCUCAGGACGCCACUCCAGAAGAGCAUCUCUCCUGGACACUCAUCUCCACACUCUGCUCUGUUGUUUGUUAUUUUAAACAAGGAAACUAAUCCAGAACAGGAGGACAUCAUUCUGACAACUUGAUAAAGAGGACGAGAUGAAGAAGUCGGACAUGUUUUCCUUUGAGCUGGAGACAGACAACAGGACGGCUGAGGAGUACGAGCGGGACAAAGCAGAGAGGAAAGAUGAAGGUGCCUCUUCCCUAUUUGGCCCGAAAUCGCCUAAGGCUCCCAUGGACACUGAUUACCAGGAGGAAAUGGAGAAGACCAGACCUCAACUCAGAUUCAAAAUUGGCUCUGGCUUAGUGGAUACAGGAGAGGGCAACAGCAGCGGGGGGGGAGACAAUGAGAGGUUUACCAGAGAGAGACUGUUUGAAGCCGCAGCUAGCAGAGACGCCAGCCGGCUGGACGGCCUGCACCUCUACCUGCACCAGAAGAUGAUGAAACUCUCCGACUCGUUGUAUCAGUCCUAUGGGAAAACCGCCCUGAUGAAGGCCCUGCUGCACCUUAGAGAUGGCAAGAACGAGACGGUGGAGCGGAUGAUCGAGGUGUCAGAGAAGAUAGGGGACAUUGAGAAGUUUGUGAACGCAGCCUACACCAACGACUACUACAAAGGUCAGACAGCUCUGCAUAUAGCCAUCGAGAGGCGGAGUCUCCCCUAUGUGAAGCUGCUGGUCAGUAAAGGAGCAGACGUCCACACCAAAGCCUGCGGGACAUUCUUCCAACCUCACGAUGGACCCAACUUCUACUUUGGUGAGCUGCCUCUGUCUCUGGCAGCCUGCACCAACCAGCCCGACGUGGUCAACUUCCUCAUGCUGAACGAGUACAAGCGAGCGCAGCCUGAGGUGAAGGACUCUCAUGGGAACACGGUGCUGCACGCCCUGGUGGUGGUGGCGGCUGAGAACUUCAAAGAAAACACAGAGUUCGUCACCAACAUGUAUGACUUCAUCCUCAAGACUGCUGCCAGCCUGUACCCCAAACUAAAGCUGGAGGACAUCAAGAACGACAAGGGGCUGACACCUCUCAAACUGGCUGCCAAGACGGGAAAGAUCGGGAUUUUUUCACACAUCCUAAAAAGGGAAUUCGAUGAGAGUCACACCAAACAUUUGUCCAGGAAGUUCACACAGUGGGUUUACGGGCCUGUCACCUCCUCGCUGUACGACCUCGCCUCCGUGGACUCGUACGAGGACAACUCAGUGGUGGAGAUACUCGUCUAUUCCAAUGGCAUUCCUAACCGUCAUGAGAUGCUUCAGACGGAGCCUCUGAGCCGGCUGAUGGAGUCAAAGUGGAAGAAGUUUGCAGGUGGAAUGUUUUUUUUCAACUUCCUGGUCUACCUACUGUACCUGAUCAUUUUCACUCUAGUGGCCUACAAUAAGAAGUCAGAUAAGAAGCUGCCAUUUCCCAUUGAAUACAACACAAUGGGUUACCUGUAUGUUUCAGGCCAACUCGUGACAGCUUUGUCAAACUGCUAUUUUUUUAUCACUGGGAUCAUGGACAUGUGGAUGAAACGGCCGAAGAUGCAGACAUUGCUGGUUGAUGGCUAUUAUGAGAUUCUGUUUCUGGUGCAGGGGGCCCUCUUCCUGGUUGCCGCCGGUCUGUACCUGUCCAGGCAGCCGGCGUACCUGAGCUUCCUGGUGCUGUGUCUCGCUCUCAGCUGGGUCAAUCUGCUCUACUUCUCCCGAGGCGAUAAACACAUGGGCGUCUACAGCAUCAUGAUACAGAAGAUGAUCCUCAGUGACAUCAUGCGCUUCCUCUCCGUCUACGCCGUCUUCCUCUUUGGGUUCUCAGCAGCGGUGGUCACCCUGCUCAUAACGCCUGAAGAGAAAAACACGACCACUGUAGCUCCGGGAAAAGGGCGUCUCUAUGUUACCCUUGAGGACAACGAGCUCUGCAUGAAACCGAGCUUUGCAAAUAUCUCCCACACCACGCUGCAGCUCUUCAAGUUCACCAUCGGCAUGGGCGACAUGGAGUUCACCCAUGACCACCAGUACAUAGGGAUCUUCUACAUACUCCUUAUUGCCUACAUCAUCCUCACUUACAUCCUGCUGCUCAACAUGCUCAUCGCCCUCAUGAACCGCACUGUGGAGAAGACCACCAUGGAGAGCGACAGCAUCUGGAAGCUGCAGAGGGCAAUUACCAUCCUGGACAUGGAGAAGAGGCUGCCUCGGUGCAUGAGGAAGAGGCUUCGCUGCGGGGUGGAUAUAAACCUGGGAAAGAAUAUUGAAGAUGGCUGUCGGAGGUGUUUCAGAGUGGAGGAAGUCAACUGGAACAAAUGGAACAUCAACCUGGGCAUAAUCAAUGAGGAGCCUGGGAGCUGGGAUCGGGCCCAGCAGCCGGCCUCGGAUACCUCUCACAGAGCGCACAGAGGGAGGAGCUUUAGAGGCUUCUUCUCGGAUGGCAGUCGCCGGUGGAGGACUUCCCAGAGCACAGAGAUGAACCCUCUGAGCAGCACACCCAUCUAAAACACAGGAGUGUGUUUCACAUCGGGUGUUUAGACAGUCUGACUGCAGCAACGAGGCGUUCAAAGACAGUUUUUCAGUUUUUCAAGAGAAAGCAACUGCCAGAUGUGAACACUGCCUUUUUAACUCACUGACUACAACAGAAAUGUCAGCUGGAUUUUAAAAUGUAAUCUUUGAGGCAAUAAUUCAGGAAAACAUUACAGAUAUUUGUUUGUCUUACGGACAUUAUGGUGCAAAAAAUGGAAGUUAUCCAAUCAGGUGCUGAUGAAUUAGGAGCUGCUUGAUUUCCAGGUAAAUCCUGCAUUUAAAAAAAACAUCCAAAGUCUUCUGCACAUGUUGUUCCUGCCACCACCUGAGCAGGAAGCACAUCCUGUCUGCACAAAGGCCAUCACCUGCCGGCACCUCUGGCACGGCUCACAAUCCUUGGUGGAGAAGUGCUGAUCACCGAGCUGCUGAUCCUCCCCUCCCGCUGGGCGCCCUCUAUACAAGUCCCAUUUUCAUCACAGCCAGACGAGCUAAACCUUCUGCAGCCAGAUAGUCCCGCAGAUGUCACAGCUUGCUUUGUCUUCUCUACUUCCUGUUUGUAUUUAUCUCAGGGAAGCUGGAAUAAAUGGCAUGAAAAGAA